GUGAAUAGAAAGAACUAGUUUUAGAAGCGGAAGGAAGCGAUGCCGUGAGAGAAGAAGAAUAUCUUAUAUCACCUGCCUCUUUCUCUCUCUCUCUCUCCAACCUUCUUCCUUCUGAUCUUCUUCUUGUGCAAGUCUCGCAUUUGUGAGAUCGUUUUGUAUAUAAGGAAGCAGUGGGGGAGUGCGAUGGCUACACUGAUAGAGAGAACGUUGGACUCUUUGCUUUCUACACUUGAUUCCUCACUCUUUCGGCACCGGAGCUACAGCAUGACUAAGUCGCGACCUCUUUCCCUUCAGACGGUGGAGCUGAGGGUGAGGAUGUGCUGCGAGGGAUGCGAAAGAAUAGUAAGAAACGCAUUAAUGAAACUUAGAGGGGUCGAUAGCGUGGAGGUGGAUCUGCCGCUGGAGAAGGUGACGGUGACGGGGUACGUGGACCGGACCAAGGUGCUGAAGACGGUGAGGAGGAGCGGGAAGAAGGCGGAGUUCUGGCCCAACCCCAACCUGCCGCUCUUCUUCACCGGGGAGGCCCACUACUUCUACGACGACAAGGCCUACAGGGAGACCUACAACUAUUGGCGUCACGGCUACAACGACGGCGACCGGCAGGGACUCGUCCACUCCGUCUACCGCCCCGACGACAAGGUCAGCACCAUGUUCUGCGACGACAACGUCAACGCCUGCUCCGUCAUGUGAGCAGCUCGGCGUGCCCUUUUCAAUUUCUCGGGUUCUGCGCCUCCCUCAGCCUGCCUUUCAGCCGCCGCCGCCCCCCUGGUUCGGCCAGUGAUCCCAAAGAGAACCGUAACCGCACCUAUUCUCCUGCUUUGUCUUUCAUGGUUGCAGAAAAGGAAAAGAAAAAAAGUGAAAUGGUCUUGUUGAAUAUGUGUUAAAUCAAUGUCUCGGUGCUCGACGGCUUCAUCUUUUGAAAUUAAAAAGGAAAGUCUUUUUAGGAGAGUGGUGAUUUUGUUUAUUUGGUAGGAUCUCAGUGCUUGUCUACUACAUGAAUAUGUGGAAAUAUAUCUUGUUGUUUCGUUGUUGUUUUAUUCGUCUUCUUCUCGUGGAACUUACCUUCUGGUGUUGUCUGAACGGCGGUUUAUGAGGGACAUGAUUGAUCAGAGAGGAAAGCAUGCAUUUUCUA